AUGGCGACAACGGCAAGUGCCAUUUCAGAAACACCUCUUUUACUUGCAACUGAUGAUGAUAAUGGAAACCGCAACACAGAGAGAUGGUGGAACAAAAUGUUGGACAUGGAGGAAGCGAAACAACAACUCAUGUUUUCACUACCAAUGAUUCUAACAAACUUGUUCUAUUACUUGAUCACUUUGGUUUCUGUCAUGCUUGUCGGUCACCUCGGUGAGCUUCAGUUAGCCGGUUCUACUCUCGCUAAUUCCUGGUUCAGUGUCACCGGCGCCGGUGUUAUGGUUGGUUUAAGUGGUGCGCUAGAAACACUAUGUGGACAAGGAUUUGGUGCGAAGGAAUAUCACAUGUUGGGAAUUUAUUUACAAAGCUCCUGCGUCAUUUCUUUUCUUUUUUCAAUCAUUAUAUCCAUUGUUUGGUUCUAUACUGAACACAUUCUUGUGUUUCUUCAUCAAUCACAAGACAUUGCUAGAACGGCUGCACUCUACAUGAAGUUUCUUAUACCAGGAUUAUUUGCAUAUAGCAUCUUGCAAAAUAUCUUGAGGUUUGAAUUUCAUAGGUGGACCUAUUGCAACUUCUGUUUCAAUGUGGAUAUCAGUGAUAUUGUUAGGUUUAUAUGUCAUGUAUGCAAAGAAGUUUGA